AUGUUCACUCCAAAUAGACUCCGUUUUCAUUACGAAAAUUUAUUACGUCAAGAUUUGUUGUUAAAAUUGAAUUAUGCCAACAUUAUGGAAGUUCCUAGAUUGUGUAAAAUAAUAAUAGUUCCAAAGGCACCCUCUAAUUUAAUAAAAAAUGUAAAAUUAGCUAUGGAGAUUGUUUGUGGUCAAAAAUUCAUACAGACACGAAGCAGAGAUUCGGCAGGAAAGUCGUUUCGAUUUAAUAAAUUUAUAUUGAAUCGAGAGUCAAAAAAAGACACAGGAUAUGUCACUUACCUAGCACAAAGCACUCUACGAGGGCAUACCAUGUAUAAUUUCUUGGAAAAACUUAUUACGAUAAUAUCUUUUUACGAUUACCCAGUUAAAGUACAAAAAAGCUCCAUUCAAUUAUCAAUGCCAACGUCGUUGUUACGAUUAUUUCCGGAAAUACAAAAUCAUUUCGAGAUUUUUGAACAUAUUCAAGGGUUUGAUGUAACUAUUGUUACUUCAGCUAAAACACAAGAUGAGGCUUUCAUUUUGUGGAGUGGUUUUUUACAAAAAGAGGUUUAG